UUGUGGAUUAAAAUUAAGGUAAAGGGGGGCGUCUGUGACCCAUUCACCUGUCUUAGGGUGAAAUUUGCGGAAAUUUGGGGUUGUCUUCACAAAAUCUUACCAUUAUUGCGAUAAAUAUCCUUUGUUUAUGUUAUGACGCAUCGGUUUGGAUUCACUCUCGGCCAUGUUGAUUCUCUCUGUUUAUUGUUUGAGGCGCCCCGCGACCGUUUCUCUCUUGAACGAAAAUUUUUCGUGAUUUAGGCCGAAAUGUGAUUGAUAAGGGCGAUAAGAACAAUGCGUAGGGUCUUGCGGCGACUUUGUGCUAAAUCUCGUUGGUUCUUUGCUCGAUUCCUGGUGUAAAAUUGUGAAAAUCACUUCUCGGUUUUGUAAUGGCUACCUCUCGCGUCCCCCCGUUCUGGUGUAGACAAUGACAGUGAAAAUUUUCACGUGAUAUUUUCGAAAAUCGCCUCUGCUUUUCGAUUGUUGAAUGGAAAGUGACAUUUCGGUGGCGGUGAGACACUCCAGAGAUGAAUACCAAUGAUCCCAAUGCCCUCGCGGGGGCUCACGGGGCUGAAGCCUCAGAGGCCACCACCCAACGUCCACCACCGACUACUUCAAUUCCGACCGAUCUUCGUGUGAAUACCACAGCCCUGAACGCCGUCGCCCUUUCCAGCGUGGCUAAAUACUGGGUGUUAACGAAUCUCCUCCCGGGACCCAUACCCCAAGUGAGCGUCUAUGGGUUACCGGGAUCGGGACGUAGUGAUAACCAAGGGAAGAUAAGCCAGGAGGCUAUGUUGGGGCAACAUGCGGCGGGAUUGUUACCGGCUGAUCCGCUACUCUUACAACAACAUUCACAAAUUCCGGUUAGUAUUUCGACAUCGCAAGGAGUUACGAGUUUGUCGAUACCGACGGGGAGUAUGCAUUUGGAGGCCAACCAUCAGGGGCAUCAAGGCAUGGGAGGGCAUCAGCAGAACGAUCCCAUGAAUCAGAAUCAGAUGAAUCGAGAUAUGACCCACCAACAGCAGCAACAAACUCAUACCAACCAACAAAAUAUGGUUCAAGUCCAGGUUCAAGAUAAUUUAGUUUCGGUGAUUGAAGAUAGCAAAGAACAAAAAGAUAUAAUUGCUGCUCAAUUAGCCCAUGCUCAGAUUCAAUUGAACGAUAAUCAACACUUGAAUCAACAAGCGUUAACCGUUCAACAAUUGCAACAUCUUCAAGUGCAACAGGUUCUUGAUAAUGUCGUCCGGAUGGAAAAUUCAGUUGAAAACACUCAAAAUCAAGGAAAUUCCGAUCAGACUCAACUCUCGGAUAACAUCCAGAUUGUAAAAGACGAGAAAAACUUACAGAAUUGUAAGUUAUUAUCUGGGGCGCAAUUCGGGUUGCAGGACCAUAAAGGUAAUUUGAUGGAUGUGAGGACUGCUGAUGGUAGUAUUGUGAAGAUUUCGACGAAUCUUCAAGAGCAAGAUUUAGCAAAAACUUUGGGUGUUGAAAUGGUGCAAAAUAUGUACAAAGUGAACGUUGAUGAUUUGAACCAACUAUUGGCGUAUCAUGAAGUUUUUGGUAAACUUCAAGGUGAGAUUGCAACAACAACUGGUCAAAAUAUCGUCCAAAAUACUAACACGAAUGUAAAUCUUCAACAAAACACAAACAACAUUGCUAUAGUAACAAAAGACGAGCAAGAAGCUUCGACUAGUACACUACCGACCGAUAACACCGCUACAGUCAUUACAGGAAACCACGUCUGUGAUUUAUGCGGGAAAAUGUUCCAAUUUCGUUACCAGUUAAUCGUCCAUAGACGUUACCAUACCGAACGUAAACCGUUUACGUGUCAAGUUUGCGGUAAAGCGUUUACCAAUUCGCAAGAACUCACCCGUCAUGGGAAGUGCCAUCUAGGGGGUAGUAUGUUCACGUGUGCUACGUGUUUUCACGUGUUUGCGAACGCGGCAUCUUUGGAGCGUCACAUGAAACGGCAUUCGACCGAUAAACCAUACAACUGUACGAUUUGUGGUAAAUCUUUCGCGCGGAAAGAACAUUUGGAUAACCACACGCGGUGUCAUACAGGGGAAACACCCUAUAGGUGUCAGUAUUGUGCGAAAACCUUCACCCGAAAGGAACACAUGGUGAACCAUGUGCGGAAACAUACAGGAGAAACACCGCACCGCUGUGAAAUUUGUAAGAAGAGUUUCACGAGAAAGGAACAUUUUAUGAAUCACGUGAUGUGGCAUACAGGGGAAACCCCUCAUCAUUGUAACAUUUGCGGGAAGAAAUACACGAGAAAGGAACAUUUGGCCAAUCAUAUGCGCUCUCAUACGAAUGAUACACCGUUCAGAUGCGAGAUAUGUGGCAAAUCGUUCACGCGAAAGGAACAUUUCACGAAUCACAUCAUGUGGCAUACGGGGGAAACCCCCCAUCGGUGCGAUUUUUGUUCCAAAACUUUUACACGUAAGGAACAUUUAUUGAAUCACGUGCGACAACAUACGGGGGAAUCACCGCACCGUUGCGGUUUUUGCUCCAAGUCGUUUACUAGAAAAGAACAUUUGAUUAAUCAUGUGAGGCAACAUACCGGCGAAACGCCGUUCAGGUGCAAUUAUUGUCCUAAAGCUUUUACCCGAAAAGACCAUUUGGUCAAUCAUGUAAGGCAACAUACAGGGGAAUCGCCCCAUAAGUGUACUUUUUGUACUAAAUCGUUCACCCGAAAGGAACAUUUGAACAAUCAUGUGAGACAACAUACAGGGGAAUCACCUCAUAGGUGUCACUUUUGUUCAAAAUCUUUCACCCGGAAGGAACAUCUUACGAAUCAUGUAAGGAUUCACACAGGGGAAUCCCCACACCGAUGCGAGUUUUGUCAAAAGACGUUCACUCGAAAGGAACAUUUGACUAAUCAUUUAAGACAACACACGGGGGAAACCCAACACUGUUGUAAUGUUUGCUCGAAACCCUUCACCCGAAAGGAACAUUUGAUCAACCAUAUGAGGUCUCACACCGGUGAAAGACCGUUCGCGUGCACCGAAUGUGGCAAAUCUUUUCCUUUAAAGGGCAAUUUGUUGUUCCAUCAGAGGUCGCAUAAUAAAGGCGCACUGGCCGAUAGGCCUUUUCGUUGCGAUUUGUGCGAGAAGGAUUUCAUGUGUAAAGGACAUUUGGUAUCGCACCGGAGGUCCCACAGCGGCGAAAGGCCCCAUUCGUGUCCCGAUUGUGGCAAGACUUUUGUAGAAAAGGGUAAUAUGUUGCGUCAUUUGCGCAAACACACAGUGGAGAAUGGCCAAGCUAGCGAUCAAGUGGCGACAAAUCAGCCUCAAACUUCGAAUGCAAAUUUGCAAAUACCGCAAGUGAGUCAGACGCAAACGGUGUCGAGUAAUAUCGUGACGCAAAUGCCGAUGCAUCCGCCGAGCAAUCAUCCGGUGGUUGUGCCUACCGCCAACGGUAAUGUCUUGGCUAGUUAUUAGUGUGAUAUUGUGAGGUUAGGUAGUUCCUUGUAUUGCCAUAUCCUUGAAGCAGUAUUCCCUCCUCGAGUAGGUUAAGAGAAUGACAAGUGACACACUUGCGAUGAUAUUCUAAAGUAUGCCAUGACGGUUUGGGGAAUCCCAGUGUACACCCUGUAUAUUUAGCGAUUUAUGUUGUAAAUAGAUUUUAACAUGACUAACGAGUAUAUCGACGAGGCCAGUUGAAUUUUUGUACUUAUUUUCUUCUUAAGCAGCUAAAUUGUGGAAUUUUUAUCUAUAGUAUCUUAUGUGAUAAAUAAUUUUUAUGCGGGCCUAUUGUGUGUAUUCACGACCAAUUUUUAGGGUUAGUGCGUCACUUGAUUUUUACAAGUUUGAUAUUAAUUUUUUUGGUGCUAUAAUAAUGACGGACUGAUUGAUGUGUUUAAAACACUUUUUGAUUUUUGCACAGAUCUGAUUUUUUACCGUUCAAGUGACGAGUUUUAUGAAGCUUGCUUGUACAUAAAUAUAGGAGAAUUAUGCUAAAAAUGAUGUAAAUUUGUUAUUAGAUAAUGUAACAAUUAUUUGUUAAUUGUUACUGGAUGUUUUUUGACUUAGUUACAUUGUAGAAAAAUUGUUAUAAUUACAAAUGCUUUUUUGUACAUAACUAUUAUGUAAAAUAACCCGAAAAGUAUUUGUAGUUGUAAAUCUUCGAGAGUAAUUAUAAAUUUAUAGAAACUAUAUAUUAUUGUAUACAUAUAUACACUUUAGUUAAUAUUUUUUAGAUUAUUUUGUAAUACAACCAAAAUGUAUGUUUCUUUUUUAAUAAAAAUAGUUGUAUUGGA